AUGUGUUCACUUACAAACAACUAUAAUUGUAUUCUUUGUGUAGUUGGCGGGAUUAUUAUUCAAUGUACUUACGGAUACUUUUAUACAAUCGGUAAUAUGGCCCCAUAUAUUUUGGAUUAUUUGAAAUACAAUAAUAAAUCAGUUUAUGAUAAUUCUAUCAUGUGGUUGACAUCUGUUGCUUUGGGAAUGGAAGCGUUAGCUAUGCCGAUUGGAGGAGCAUUGUACCGUAAAUUAGGAAUCAGAGCAGUGGUGGUAAUUAGCAGUUUAAUUCACAGCGGAGGAAUCGCUCUUAGCUAUUACACACUGAAAUUGGGAUUUAUUCCAUUGCUGAUUACUUAUGGCAUACUGCAAGGUUUUGGAUUUGGAUUCGGUUAUUCAGCCACUAUAGCUGCAUCAGUUGCAUGGUUUCAAAAUCAUCGAGGUUUAAUUGUUGGUCUGAUUGUCGGUGGCUUUGGUGCUGGUUCCAUUAUCUUCACACCUGUUCAAACAAUGUUUAUUAAUCCAAAUAAUGUCAAGAUAGAUAAUAAAACAAAGCGGUUUGAAGAUGUUGAUUUAAUUAAUCGAGUUCCAUCUGUAUUUCUACUUAUUGGUGGUAUUUUGUUAGUCAUUCAAUUAAUUGGAUUAUAUUUGAUCAGAGAUAAACAAGAGAAGGCGACUAUUGUUUUAUUAACGAAACAUGACUUCCAAUGUUCUGAUAAGUUAUAUGAACCGCCACCCGUUAAAGAUUUAGUAAAUUUGCGACCUUUGGAAUUAUUGAAACAGAAAGAAUUUUAUUUUUUGUGGAUUGUUAUAUUUUGUGCUGGAGUACCUUUGACAUCGUUGGCAACACUUUUCAAGCUUUUUGGUAAAACUCAUAUCAAUGAUGACCGAUUUCUUGCUAUCAUGGGUGUCGUUGCAUCCGUGUUUAACGCUGUUGGACGCGGUUUCUGGGGUACUAUCAGUGAUCGUAUUUCGUUCAAAGUUCCAUUGUGCAUCAUAUUUUUAUGCUGGUCACUUUUGCUAACUUCAUUCCCACAUUUACCGCUGAUAUUUGGAGCACAAAUCAAAGUUGGUUUCGGGAUUUGGCUAUGUGGUCUCUAUUUAUUAAUUAGUGGUGUGCUUGUCUAUGCACCAACUGCUACAGAAACUUUAUUUGGACCAGUUAAUAUGGCUGUUAACUAUGGAUUAGUUUUCAAUGCUUUUGUAUUCGGCGGUCUGUUCGUUUCACUGCUGUCCAUUGUAAUUCCACAGCUUCACGAAUGGGAUAAACUAUUCUAUCUAUGUGCUGCAAUGUGUAUUUUAGCUUUAUUAAUUCUACCGUGGAUACAUGAUAGAAAAAUGCCCAAAUACUUUACAUCGUUUCGAUCUUAUCGGCAAAGAAGGCGCAGCUGA